UGCUCCACAUCUCCCUCUCUAUUGUGUCAUUUAUUUCUGCCCCUAAACCUCCACAUUCAUGAUUCAUCACUCUCACUCUCUCCCUCUCAACAAUUCUGACUUGCAGGUUUUUGGUGCAGUCAAAAGAUGUUGAGGUGGUCCUGGUCCAGUUGGGUCUCUGUCACACAAUGUCACCACUAAGCCUUCUAUAAUGCACUCUAUUUGGAUUCAACCAGUCUAAAGCUGCAAUCUUGGUAAGUUGGGUCACUCUUUCUUUGCAAAAAAUGGAUUGGGUUCAUCUAUCAGUUAAGGUUAGUCCACCAUUCUUUCUGCCACCACCACCACCACCACCACUUCCUCAACAGAAUUUUGACUCCAGUGAUUUCAAUUUAAACAAUAAGGUUAGUCCUAAUGUUUUGCUUAUCAUUAUAGUUCUCGCAAUCAUCUUCUUUGUUUCUGGGUUACUUCAUCUCUUAGUGAGAUUCCUAUUAAGACCACCUAACAGAGACCCAGAAGAAAUGGACAAUGUGACUGCUCUUCAAGGGCAAUUGCAGCAACUCUUCCAUCUUCAUGAUGCUGGUGUUGACCAGUCAUUCAUAGACACCCUCCCUGUCUUUAACUACAAAGCCAUUAUUGGACUUAAAGACCCAUUUGACUGUGCUGUUUGUUUGUGUGAAUUUGAGCCUGAAGACAAGCUCAGAUUGUUACCAAAAUGUAGUCACGCCUUUCACAUGGAGUGUAUAGACACAUGGCUCUUGUCACACUCCACUUGCCCUCUGUGUAGAGCUAGCUUGCUCCAUGAUUUCUCUCCAAACAAUACUUGCUCACCGCCCAUUGUUCUUGUUCUUGAAUCUGGAAGUGAGAGCUCAAGAGAGCUAGAAGGUCCAAUAGGCAGAACCAGUUCUGUUAUGAGAACAAAUUCGUUUCUGGGUUUUCAGAGAGACAGUGAUUUGGGAUCAACCCAUUUCGAUUUUCCUCAUAAAUCUUGUGAAAUUGUAACAAAGGAGGAAUCUUUCCCAACAAUAGUACUAGAUUCUGGAGAAAAAGUUAUGACUGUUAAAUUAGGGAAGUUUAGGAACGUUGAUGGUGGUAUAGGCAGCAGCAGCAAGAACAACAACGACAGUGAUGUGAGGCGAUGCUUCUCUAUGGGUUCUUUUGAGUAUGUAAUGGAUGAGAAUACUUUACUUCAGGUACCAAUUAGGACACCCAUGAAGAAACAAUCAAGCAAGAAACCAUCUUUGCCUCUCACACCAGGCCACAGGCUUGCAAUGUCCGAAUGCGGUUUCGAAUCGGGAAAAGAAUUCAAUGGAUUUGAUGCAUUUAGAAGCAGUAGAACUAAUGGAAGUUCUAGCAUUAGUGCCAACAAUGGCAGUGCAAUUAGUGCUGCCAAAAAGGAGAGCUUUUCGAUAUCGAAGAUUUGGCUUCAGGACAAGAAGGAGAAGCAGAGUGAAACAGAGGAUUCAUCAAGAAGGGCUUUUUCAUUCCGAUUUCCGGGGCGUAAAAGUGUCGAUCUUGUCGACGAUGAGAAAGGAAAGAAUGUGAAUUGUGGUGGGAGGAGAACAUUUUCAGAAAUUGGUAGUGAAUUCGGUUGUCGUGAUGAAGAAAAUCAGAGCUGUAACAGUUUGGAUUCACAAGCAAAAACUCCAUCUUUUGCUAGGAGGACUCUGCUUUGGCUUGUUGGGAAUGGGAAACAAAACAAGGUGGUUCAUUCCUCAUAUUCUUCCAACAUCUAGUUCUCUUUUGCCUUCUUUUUUAAAAAAAUUUUCUUGGAUACUUUUUCUUGGAAAAUUGUGUUUUUGAUUCCUUAAUUUUCAAAGUCACAAAAUGUAAGAUCUGUAGUGAUUUUAGGGACAAAAGACAGGAGGAAAAGAAAUGAUGUUUCAAAGAGAUUUGAAUACAUUUUCACCAAUCACAAGUGCUUGAUUAUGAAUGCUUGUAAUUGUAGUUUAUGGUUUGCAGUAGUGCUUGUUCAAAAUUUCUUUACAAGGCAAGAUUUUGGU